AUGUCCCUUUGCGACAUCCGCCUCCAGGAGGAACGCAAGCUGUGGCGCAAGGACCACCCGUUUGGCUUUUACGCCCGGCCACAGAAGAACGCCGAUGGUACGCUUGACCUUCGUCGGUGGACGGCGGGUAUUCCCGGUAAGGCCGGCACGCUGUUCGCCAACGCCGUCUACCCCGUCACCAUCGAGUUUCCCGAAGAGUUCCCCUCCAAACCGCCUAAAGUGAAGUUUCCCGCUGGUUUUUACCAUCCUAAUGUUUACCCGCUGGGUACGGUGUGUCUCCUGAUCCUUAACGAGGAACAGGACUGGCGUCCCGCCAUCACGUUGAAGCAGAUCGUGUUGGGGGUCCAGGAGUUGCUAAACACGCCGAAUCCGGACCUGCCGGCCCAGGAGCUGGCGUGGAAGGCGUUUCAAAAGGACAAGGUGCUCUACGAGAAGAAGGUGCUCGAACAGGCGAAGCGGUACGCCCUGGUGUGA